ACUCACAUCUCUUGUCUCUUUCUCAUUGCCUUCAAUCUUGUACACAGAUAUAUGAUGCUUACCUUUCUCAGUAUCCUCCUGCUGUCAUCACAUAACCUUCCUCUCAUCGAAUCACUGAACUGCGAUAACAGAACACAAUACAUUCACAAAGAUCAGUGCUGCCAGAAAUGUAAACCAGGACAGUAUAUGAAAAUGAGAUGCCAACCAGGAUCAUUCGAUACUCAGUGCGGGUCAUGCAGUAAUGGUUACUUCACAGCAGGCUUCAAUAACGACUUCAUGAAGUGCUCUGAGUGCACAAAGUGCAGCAAGGAAUAUAUGAAGUAUGAGACGAACUGUACGUUGACACAUGACGCCGUGUGUACAUGUCAUGAGGGGUACCGAUGCAGUGACAGCACAUGCCAGACAUGUGUGAAAGUCCAGACUACUGCUACUACAAUGACCAAUAGGCCUCCUCCACCCACAACUCUUCCAGAAAAUGGAAUGUGGAUUUCGGUGAGUCUGUGUUUUGCAUGUGUGUGUUUGUGCGCUCUGUUCACCUGUUUCCUUCUCAUCAGCAGACAUGCACGACCAUGUGAACGGAUCAUGCCAACAUCAACCUGUUUCUCGUCCUCCAAAAAGAAUGACUCUGGUUCCAGUCAGUGCACAGAGGAAGAGGAAGUACCAAUGCCAGUGCAGGAAGUGUGUGGAAAGACAGAGAAACUGGAGGAAGUCUGAGAAGGAAGGAGGAAGAAGACAGUCGGUGCAUCUGUGGAUCAAGUAUUUACUCUAACCUGCUGCUGCCAUUGACUCAAGAGAGGAAGAGCAUUUGUACUCAGGCAGACCGUCUGAAGGUUCUGUGGGAAUGACUGUCUGUGCACACCACCUGAGAAAUGCUAAGAUAGAGAACUACUUUUGCAAAUAAUAUUGUACAUUUUCUUCUCUGUGCAAUUGUUUGUAUUUAUAAUUGAGGAGUUGAUGCAUAAUGUUUUUUAUCAACAAAGAUUUUAGGUUCAAAUGUAUUUUAAUGUACAGUAUAAGGUCAAGUGUGACUGGUCACCAUUUCUUUUAAGUUUUUUGUACUGUUUGAUUUCCAUAGUUCAUUUUAGAUGGUCCUAUGGUUUGACAAAUUAAUUUUUUAUUCAACUUUUCUAUGUAGUCUCUCAGUUGAUGUAAGCAGCAUGCAUGAUAAUUAUAUAUUACAGUGCAUCCAUAAAGUAUUCACAGCGCUUCACUUUUUCCACAUUUUGUUAUGUUACAGCCUUAUUCCAAAAUGGAUUAAAUUCAUUAUUUUCCUCAAAAUUCUACAAACAAUACCCCAUAAUGACAAUGUGAAAGAAGUUUGUUUGAAAUCUUUGCAAAUUUAUUAAAAAUAAAAAACGAAAAAAAUCACAUGUACAUAAGUAUUCACAGCCUUUGCCAUGACACUCAAAAUUGAGCUCAGGUGCAUCCUGUUUCCACUGAUCAUCCUUAAUGUUUCUACAACUUGAUUGCAGUCCACCUGUGGUAAAUUCAGUUGAUUGGACAUGAUUUGGAAAGGCACACACCUGUCUAUAUAAGGUCCCACAGUUAACAGUGCAUGUCAGAGCACAAACCAAGCCACGAAGUCCAAGGAAUUGUCUGUAGACCUCCGAGACAGGAUUGUAUCGAGGCACAAAUCUGGGGAAGGGUACAGAAAAAUUUCUGCAGCAUUGAAGGUCCCAGUGAGCACAGUGGCCUCCAUCAUUCGUAAAUGGAAGAAGUUUGGAACCACCAGGACUCCUCCUAGAGCUGGCCAAACUGAGCGAUCAGGGGAGAAGGGCCUUAGUCAGGGCGGUGACCAAGAACACGAUGGUCACUCUGACAGAGCUCCAGCAUUUCUCUGUGGAGAGAGGAGAACCUUCCAGAAGAACAACCAUCUCUGUAGCACUCCACCAAUCAGGCCUGUAUGGUAGAGUGGCCAGAUGGAAGCCACUCCUCAGUAAAAGGCACAUGACAGCCCGCCCGGAGUUUGCCAAAAGGCACCUGAAGGACUUUCAGACCAUGUGAAACAAAGAUUGAACUCUUUGGCCUGAAUGGCAAGCGUCAUGUCUGGAGGAAAUCAGGCACCACUCAUCACCUGGCCAAUACCAUCCCUACAGUGAAGCAUGGUGGUGGCAGCAUCAUGCUGUGGGGAUGUUUUUCAGUGGCAGGAACUGGGAGACUAGUCAGGAUUGAGAGAAAGAUGAAUUCAGCAAUGUACAGAGACAUCCUUGAUAAAAACCUGCACCAGAGCGCUCUGGACCUCAGACUGGGGCGAAGGUUCAUCUUCCAACAGGACAACGACCCUAAGCACACAGCCAAGAUAACAAAGGAGUGGCUCCGGGACAACUCUGUGAAUGUCCUUGAGUGGCCCAGCCAGAGCCCAGACUUGAACCCGAUUGAACAUCUCUGGAGAGAUCUGAAAAUGGCUGUGCACCGACGCUCCCCAUCCAACCUGAUGGAGCUUGAGAGGUCCUGCAAAGAAGAAUGGGAGAAACUGCCCCAAAAUAGGUGUGCCAAGCUUGUAGCAUCAUACUCAAAAUGACUUGAGGCUGUAAUUGGUGCCAAAGGUUUUUCAACAAAGUAUUGAGCAAAGGCUGUGAAUACUUAUGUACA